GCAUGCUCCUCUCAAGGCCUGAAAGAGACGCUACGAACCAGAGCAUCCGAUGACAAAAGCGGAGCUGCCUUUUGAUUUCCCUUUUCUGUUUUUUAAGUAUUACCCUCUAUUCGUCUCUCUCUCUCUCUCUCUCUCUCGCUCGCUGAGACGUGUAUGAUGCGUUCCUGUUCGUAUAUGUAUUGUUAAUACAUAAAGAUCAAUCAAGUGUUGCGAUAUCAUCGACCUUUGACGAGCUUGGAGUUGGCAGGUGGUUGGGUCUCCGAAAAUCGAAGCGGAUAACGACAAACUAUAUAAUAUAAACACUUGGCAACGAAAAUCUUCUGUUAAGUUUUGAUGGACAGCUGGAGUGGAACAAAGGGAAAGUGAGCCCAUUGGUGAGCAAAAUCAGAGCGAGGCUGGGGCAAAGACAACCCUCGACGAUGCCCUUGAAUUUGGUUCACGCUUCUGAUGGAUUGCCCCGUGUUCUCUUGACUGAGCCAUCUGGUUCAUCUGCUGAGGUGCUUCUCUAUGGAGGGCAGGUUGUUUCUUGGAAGAAUGACCGAAGAGAGGAGCUCCUCUUUAUGAGCAGUAAGGCCAUCCUGAAGCCACCUAAAGCAAUUAGGGGAGGUAUACCUGUUUGCUUCCCUCAGUUUGGAAAUCUUGGUUCUCUAGAGCAACAUGGAUUUGCAAGGAAUAGAGUGUGGUCUCUGGAUAACAAUCCUUCACCUCUACCUUCAGCUGACAACCAGUCCUCAGUAGAUCUGAUACUUAAAUCUACAGAAGAGGACCUCAAAACAUGGCCCCGUAGCUUUGAGCUCCGACUUCGCGUUUCUCUGAGUGCUGGAAAGCUCACUUUGAUCCCCCGUGUGAGAAAUACUGACAGCAAGGCCUUCUCGUUUACGUUUGCGCUUACAAACUACCUCUCUGUGUCGGACAUCAGUGAAGUACGUGUUGAAGGCUUAGAGACCCUGGAUUACUUUGAUAAUUUGAUGCAAAGAGAAAGGUUCACAGAGCAGGCUGAUGCAAUCACCUUCGACGGGGAGACGGACAGAGUUUAUUUGAGCACCCCAACGAAGAUUGCUAUUAUAGACCAUGAGAAGAAGAGAACCUUUGUGCUGCGGAAGGAUGGCAUGCCGGAUGCAGUGGUAUGGAAUCCUUGGGACAAAAAGGCAAAGGCACUUUCUGACAUGAGUGAUGAGGAGUACAAAACUAUGCUCUGUGUGGAUUCUGCUGCUGUUGAAACACCGAUAGUUUUGAAACCCUUUGAAGAGUGGAAAGGCCGUCAAGAACUUUCUACUGUUUCAUCAAGCUAUUAUAGUGGGCAGUUAGAUCCUCGAAAGGUUCUUCGUGGCUUUCACUGAAUAUCGGCAUGUUUUUAGAUGAUUUAUAUAAGCUGCACGCCCUGUAAAUGUGCCCAUGUCUCUUUGUUGAGAAACCAAAACAUCCACGUGAUAGCUGACCACGUUUUCCUAGGUCAUGCUAUCAGAGGGUUUAGAAACAUAAACGUGUUCUAUGUCGAUCUGUCUGGCAUGUGAGGAGCGCAUCUUUUUAGUGAUAUUUUCAUACCUUACCAUGC